GCGAAGCCCUUCCCACACCGGGUCAGCUGAUAGGGGUGCCAAGCCGGUGCAGAGCAGCCUUCUCCCCCGCACCCCGGUUUGGCAAUGCACGCGCCCCACUCUGCGCUGCUCUCCCCAUUGCAGCCCCACCGGAACUCUUAAAGGGCCAGGCGGGCUCCGGCUCUGCACCAGCAGCCGCCGCCGCGGGGCUCAGGAAAUAUUAAGGACUGGAAAGUAACAGCAGCUGUAUCCGGGGAAGGCGAAAAAACCGUCACCAACCCCUCUGUGGAGGGCUCUGUAAGCAGCAGAAGCACUGCUAAGUGCCUGAAGGAACAUAACGAUGGAAGAUAUCCCACCAAGAGAUCUGGACAAGGCUGCUGGUGGGGAUGAGAACAGCUCAGCGACAGUGCAUCUACAUUUGUAUCCAGGCACUCAGGAUGAUUCCAAUCCAGAUCUUGACCAAGGCCUUGCUGCACAAACUGCAGGUGUUUCCCUGAAGCACUCGACCACCCUGACAAACAGACAGAGAGGCAACGAGGUCUCUGCCCUCCCAGCAACCCUCGACAGUACAUCGCUGAAGCACUCGACCACCCUGACAAACAGACAGAGAGGCAACGAGAUUUCUGCCCUCCCGGCAACCCUCGACACUUUGUCCAUCCACCAGUUGGCGGCUCAGGGUGAACUCAGUCAGCUGAAAGAGUAUCUCAGAAAAGGGGAGAACUUGGUGAACAAACCUGACGAGAGAGGCUUCACUCCUCUGAUCUGGGCCUCUGCCUUCGAGAUUGAAACAGUCCGUCAUCUGCUAGACCGGGGCGCUGACCCCCAUGUACUGGCAAAGGAGCGGGAGAGCGCUUUGUCGCUGGCCAGCACCGGAGGAUACACUGACAUCGUGAUCAUGCUGCUGGAAAGAGACGUAGAUAUCAAUAUAUAUGACUGGAACGGAGGCACCCCGUUGCUGUAUGCUGUGCGUGGCAACCAUGUGAAGUGUGUCGAGGCUUUACUAGCUCGCGGUGCUGAUCUGACAACGGAAGCGGACUCUGGCUACACCCCCAUGGAUCUGGCUGUGGCAUUGGGACACAAGAAAGUUCAACAGGUUAUUGAGAACCACAUCCUCAAGCUGUUUCAGACCAAGAAACCGGAGUGACGCUGGCUCGCGCUCCCUGGCUGAAGGAACCAGGGCUUUGCUCUCUUGGUCAGCUCUCCGGAUGCUGCAUGGGAACAAGGUGGCCAGACGCGCUGUCUCUUUCCAAGGGCUGACGCUCCUGCAGCAGAUCUGGCCGAGCCGGCGUGGAGGGAGCUUUAGAAGCCGGGCUGGGAGGAAAUCCCUGAUGAGGAGCUAUUUACUCUCCAGGCCGGGCGUAAAGGAGAAGCAUCCCACACACAGUGAGACACUGAAUUGUCCAGGUAGCUGCAUUUCUGCUGCAAACAAGACUGCAAGCCGCCUCCCUCUGCCCCCUCUGUGUGUGUAGUAAAUGUUGCCUAAAGCAGCCCUGCCUGAAUGCGGUAGCCGCGGGGUGGGGGUUGUGCUGGGAACUGGGGCUUGCCCAGCGAAAUGCUCUUGGGGAUGCUGCCUGUUCCUCAGAUGGGGCGAGGAUGAACCAUGCCGCCUUCGAAAGGGAGGCCACAAAGUCUGCCCUGCUGGAGCAGCCCUCUUCCCCCGGCCCACGCCCCAGCCAGUGACCAUGCUUCUUGCAGUGGCUUAGGGAGAGUUCAGGUCAGGGCACAGCAUGCUGAUCACACUGCAUCCAGCUCUGGUGGAAGCAGGUUGGGGGGGAGACUGCUCAACAAUUCCCUACCUCCCUGGGUGAAACUCUGUUAGCUGCUCUAACCAGAGCCCCCGCCCACCUUGCUGUUCAUACCAGCCUUGUAGGGCUCGAAAACAACUCCCUGCUGCACUUACCAUCACGCUCAGCGUGGACAGAACAGGCAGCAGCCCUGGGAGUCCUGUCCCACUAGCAGCCCCGGCGGGCUAGGGGCUUCCCUCCCCCAUGGUGCUUGGGGAGAAAUACAGCUACACCCAGCAACUGUUCUUCACGCAGGUUCCUCCCUGGCAGCUGUUGUAUCUUUGGAGGAGAGAAACAUGCUGCUUGUAUCUUCGGACCUUGCAGCAUCAGCUGGGAGGCAGCUAAUUAGUUACAAGUGGGGCUGCAAAUCCCCUUAAAGGGCCAGUCGUCCCCCCAUGACACUGAUUGAAGUUUAUGCCCUUGACAUGUUAGUAGAUGGUUAGAUCACACACACACCCCCAGCCCUCGCCAAGGCUGCAUGUGUGUCAAAUCUCACCUCUUUGAAGGGCCAGUUAUCCGCUCUAGUUCAACUGUGAUUAAAACGAGGCGUCCCUGUGUGAUCCCAGGGAAGCCCUGAGCCGCUGUUCUGUCCUGGCCUGCAUGGCAGCCCCGGUGAGCAAGCCACCAUCUCUCCUUCCGGCAGCUGCUGCGUCGGACCGCUGGGACCAGUGCACGCGCUGCUGGACCGUUGGCCACCCCAUGCACAUUGCAGGAAGCGUUAGCCACGGUUUCGGCCUGGCCCCCUCCAGUGACCAAGCGGCAUCUUCGCAGCAUUGUUCAGAGCUUCCCCAGGGAGCAGACUUCCUUCCCCCCCGCAGCUUCUUCCCGGACACGAUCAACACAUGCUCCCAGCCCCCCACACUGAGGGUCCUUUCCUGUUCAUCACCUGCAACCCCCCCACCUGUCCCUGCCACCACCACCCCCCACUUCCACCCCUUUCUGCAUUCCUAUUUUAGCUUCCCCCAUCAAACACCAUCCUCUUGACUCUUCCCCAUCAGCUGUCUUCCUUUUUCCAUUCGUCCCUUUCAGUGCUGGGGUCAGAGGUACCUCCCUCUUUAGUUCUCAGUGCAGGCCCUCUAGGGCUCCCUCUGCAGACAGCUCCAUGCCGCCUCCAUCCGUCCAGUUGGCUCAUCUCUGCGCACAGCUCUGUCUGCUCAUCGACAGCAUCCGGCCACCAGCGUUGAAGUCCACAUGGUCCAAGCUGAGCUCCCGCAUUUUCUCCUUCGGUGUCCAUUGCUGCGAGGAAACCUCCCCCAGCCCAUCUGCCUUCUCCCAGGCCCAGAACCAGGGCAUCAUCUGCACAAGCCCCUACAUCACAUAACUGGCAUGAGACCGUUGAAGGUGCUGUAGCCACGUCAAUAGGUAGCCAUGGCCUGGUCCAUGCUUGUGUGCAACGCCACCCUCUGCCAGCUGCAGUUGAAGCCAGGACUUCAGUUAGAAGAAAAACCACCUGACUUAUAUGCAAAGCCAUUAGCUUUGAACCCAAAGAAACCUAACUUGUAUUAGACAGGAAAGCUUCUUGCACAUAACUAGCACGCUGCCUCACUUAACCAAGGGACUACAGUGUUGAAUAACGGCAAAACCAAACGAACCAGAACCCGGCUAAUCUACCUGGUUGUGGUGGCUUGUUUAUCGCUUUUCCUGCAAGUGCUGAAGUUACACGAUGAGGCUUUGGGGAGAGCGGCUUUGGAGAAAUGGGAUUUUCGUCGUGUUUAAAAACAAAAUAACAGAAACGACCCAUUUCAGAGAGAGAACCGGAGAGUGUCCUAAGUGGGAACGGGUUGGCUUAGGGUGAUUGGUAUAAAUGGGUUUCGAGUAGAAAUGAGCUCUAAGGGAAUCUGGCCUCUGUGAUGGGGGCUGGGCUCAGUACCAGAAUCAGGACCCCCUCCCCCCCCCCCAAAAAAAAAAAAAACCCAACGGGGGAAUCUUCUGCUACUUACACUGAUUGUUGCUUGGGCCCUUUACCAAACAGCACAGAGGCAGCAUGCAGAUGGGCUGAGGUACUGCAGGCAUUCAGCAGAUCGUGCAUUGCCCCAAUGCUGACACAGGACGCUCUGGGGCAGGCAGCCUUGAUCGUUGGGCUCAGUGGCAUUGUUUCCCCCAUAUGCCAUUCCCCACGAGUAAAAGGCCUGGAGAGAGUUGAA